AUGGUGCGAACCCGGUCGAAUAGCCGGUGCAGCAACAACAACAACAGUUGUAAUGACGUGGAGAUGGCCGAUGACCAUCUCCAUGAGCGGGACAAUAACCGAGGAGGUGGUAAAGCCACUCGCGAGCGAUCUAAAACGCGCAAGUCUGGUGUCAGAGGGCUGAACACGGCGUCGCCAGCGGAUUGCGAGGCAGAGGAUGUUUCGCCAACCAAGAAGAGGAUAAAGGAGAAGGCAGGUGUAGCAGCCUCCUCCUCCUCGUCCCCUGACUUGGAUGACGGAGCAACUGCCGCCGUCGCGAGAAGUACCGCGUCACUCGCUGCCGACAUAGCCGCCGGCACAAAUGCCGAGGGAGUUUCCGCGAAGCCGGCCACUGACGCCGCUGCCGCCACCGCUGCCGCCGCGAAACUGGCUACUAUAGCCGACGCCGCCGUCGCGAAGCCCACAAUGGAGGCUGUUUUUAAGAAGCCACUGGCACCGACCACCGUCGCGAGUACGAGCGACGCAAGUGACGUGAGUAUGACUGGUGGUUCUGCCCGUCGCGGUCGCUCCCGCCAAAAAGCCGCGUCGACGCCAGACUUAUAUGGUGACGUAGAGGUGACGUCGGCCAAGAAAAGGGUCAAGGAGAAGGCCAGCAUUAUAGCUGCCCCCUCCGUAUCCCUUGCCAUGGCCUCCGGCGCUACGUCAUCGCAGUGUGCCGUUCCCGUGGUCGCCGAGACCGAAAAUGACGUAGCAACGACGUCAUCCGCUGUCGCAGCCGCAGCCGCAGCCGCGAUCGCUGCCAACGUCGAGAAGCCUUCGUAUGCUGCCUCUGCCGCCGUCGCGAGAGCGCUGCCAGCGUUGUCCGCUGCAAAUGUUGCUCUGCCGCCUCCCACAGUCGCUACGUACGCAGGCACUGCUGCGAGCGCUGCCACCUCCGCUGUUCCGGCUGUACCGCGGUGCUCUGUCGAGAGCAUCGUGGCUGGUGGCAGCUCUGCAAUACAAGCAGAGCUGUCCCGCAUCAAGCGGCAGGUGCGCAAUGCAGUGAUGAGGGCGCGCAUGGAGCCGGAUGCUGCCAUAGAUGUUAUGGACGCCGCAGCCAAAUAUGAUGAUUUGGUGAUGUCGCUCAUGAUUCGAGUCGCGCUUCUCGAGGAAAAAACAAGGAGCAACAUUAUGCCACCACCAGCUGCGCCCACUUAUGCUGCCCAAGUAGCGCAGACCCAUGGGGCCAUUGAAACAAUUAUGAGUGUCCGUAGCCGCUCCGGCAGUACGAGCGACGCAAGUGACGUGAGUAUGACUGGUGGUUCUGCCCGUCGCGGUCGCUCCCGCCAAAAAGCCGCGUCGACGCCAGACUUAUAUGGUGACGUAGAGGUGACGUCGGCCAAGAAAAGGGUCAAGGAGAAGGCCAGCAUUAUAGCUGCCCCCUUCGUAUCCCUUGCCAUGGCCUCCGGCGCUACGUCAUCGCAGUGUGCCGUUCCCGUCGCGGUCGCCGUUCCCGUGGUCGCCGAGACCGAAAAUGACGUAGCAACGACGUCAUCCGCUGUCGCAGCCGCAGCCGCAGCCGCGAUCGCUGCCAACGUCGAGAAGCCUUCGUAUGCUGCCUCUGCCGCCGUCGCGAGAGCGCUGCCAGCGUUGUCCGCUGCAAAUGUUGCUCUGCCGCCUCCCACAGUCGCUACGUACGCAGGCACUGCUGCGAGCGCUGCCACCUCCGCUGUUCCGGCUGUACCGCGGUGCUCUGUCGAGAGCAUCGUGGCUGGUGGCAGCUCUGCAAUACAAGCAGAGCUGUCCCGCAUCAAGCGGCAGGUGCGCAAUGCAGUGAUGAGGGCGCGCAUGGAGCCGGAUGCUGCCAUAGAUGUUAUGGACGCCGCAGCCAAAUAUGAUGAUUUGGUGAUGUCGCUCAUGAUUCGAUUCGCGCUUCUCGAGGAAAAAACAAGGAGCAACAUUAUGCCACCGCCAGCUGCGCCCACUUAUGCUGCCCAAGUAGCGCAGACCCAUGCCACCCAGGUGGUCCCAACGCCCCUACCGCGCCUUGACACUGCUGCGAGGGCUGCCACCUCCGCUGUCCCGGCCGUACCGCGGUGCUCUGUCGAGAGCAUCGUGGCUGGUGGCAGUUCUGCAAUACAAGCAGAGCUGUCCGGCAUCAAGCGGCAGGUGCGCAAUGCUGUGGCGAGGGCGCGCAUGGAGCCUGAUGCUUCUAUAGAUGUGCUUGACGCCGCUGCCAUGAUGCCAUAUGAUGAUUUGGUUUUGUCGCUCAUGCUAAGAGUCGCGCUGCUUGAGGAAAGGACAAGAAGCACCAUUAUGCCACCACCAGCUGCGCCUGCUAAUGCUGCUCAUGUAGCGCAGACAUAUGCCACCCAGGUGGUUCCUACGCCCCUACCGCGCCUCACCAAGAAGCCGGUCGAGACCUAUUCGGCCAUAGUUGCCAGCCGGGACCCCAGCGUCUCGCCGAAGGAGAUCGUUGAAAAAAUGAAGAGAAUGUGCAUCGCAGCCGCACAAUUGGAGAAACCUGAAGAAGUCACGUAA